AUGGGCCGUCAAAGAGCUGUUGCCAAAGAUCUUCUGGCCAGUAUCCCAUCAACCGUUGAUGCUCAGCCAACGCAAACCCAGCCUCCACCAAAACAAAAACGAAUCAAAAAGGCUCAACCAAAGGCCAAGGCCAUUCAGCACGCCCAUUCUUUCUCAGUUCAAUCUUUUGAGAACUGGGAGAGGCUGGCCGAGAUGAAGAGGGAGGUCUCCAGUCUUCAAAAGGCCAAUAAAAGUUUACAAUCAAAAAUGAAAAAACUGGAAGACCAGGCCGAGGCUGCCAUUAAGGCUCAAACUGACGCCGAAGAAAAAACGGACUCUGCUGAGGCUAUCAAAAAGGUACUUGAGGUCGAGAAGAAGGAUGCCGAGGAGAAAAUAGCCCAGGCCCAAAAGGAACUGCAAGACGCUCUGGCCACCAAAGAGGCUGAAGUCAAGGCAGCCGAUGAAAAGGGCUACAAUGAAGAGGUGACCGAUGUCACGGCGGAUUACGAAAAGCAAGUGAAGCAGGUUGAGGAGGUCCCCAAGGAAGCUACCCCUGAGGAGGCUUCAUUGGACGUGCCUCUCACCGAAAAGAGCCUUGAUCAGGCCCUUCAGGAGAUUGAUGCUGAGCUUACGGCCGAGAAGGUGGCCGAGAUGUCCUCCCAGUAG